AUCCCUGCCUGUUUCCUCCCGACAGCGCCCCCCCCCCGGAUUACACUCACACUCCGCUAUCCCGGACGGCCAAAAUCUAGAGAAUCUGUCCGGUACAACGGAUUGAUCGGAACAGCGAGUCAAGCUUUGCUGUGGAAGGAUUCUUGAUCCACAGCAUUUCAUACGGGACAGCGAGGUAUCCGUGCUAUCGAGAUCCGGGACAGCAGAGUUUAAGUGCAUUGUCCUUGGGCCACCAAUAUCUCGACAUCUGCCUGUCUCACACAAAUACCCUCCCCACGUUUUCCCCACUUCCCUAUCCCUCGAAAAUCGACAUUUGUAUCAGUCCAUUUGUCCCCGGAUACUCUUCGAAAAUUUCAAACCCUCGACAAAGGAUCCCUACCCUGACCGGACUUCUAUGAGGGCCGAAGAACUGAAAAAUCAGGGGAACGCGUGAGUUGUCCCUCCCACCUCACCCAGUUUGCUACCAUUAACGGCGAGGCGGUAGGUGCUAUGCUGCGGGGGAUUACGUCGGUGCGGAGAAAUUUUAUACUCAAGCGUGAGCUCUUCUUUCCCCUCCCAUCCAAGGGAGGUAGGUUUUUUUUCUCUUUUGCUGGAUGCCGGAAACGGAUUUCACGAGCGGUGGAUACUGAAUCAUUGUUCGGACCUUUCAGAAUUAUAAAAGACUCUACGAAUGCCGCUUUCUUCACUAAUCGUGCGCUAGUAAGGUUGCGCAUGGAUAUGUACGAGCAGGUCAUAGACGAUUGCUUAAAAGCUAUUGACCUCAUCCCAUCCUCACGUAUGACCACCUUCCAACGGAUUCUGUGUGUGGAAACCUCCCGUCUCACAAACAGGGACACCGGUAAUAUAGUGAAAGCAUAUUCGUACCUCGGACAGGCGCAGCUCAAACUCGGCUAUCCGAACGAAGCUCUCUCGUCCACCCUCCGUGCGUACGAACUGGCUAUUGCACAGCGCUCCCCUAGUGUUGGAACUAUCGCAACGACAUGUCUGGAAGUCAAGAAGAAGCGCUGGGAACUCUCGGAAGAGCGCCGUCGUGCUCGCGAAUCCAAUCUGUUGAAACAGGUGACGCAGAUAAUUGAGCGCGAUGCGGAACGCGAGGUUGAUCUUAUCCUUCGCUCUCCUACCUGGGACCCUAUUGAGAGUGGGAGGGAUUACACCGGAAGUGAGGCCCAGGACAAGAUUGACGAUGUUAGGAGCGCUGCCAGGGAGAAGAUUCAGACUCUCGAGGAUGUGUUCGGAAAAGCCGAGGCGGAGAGAUAUAGAAAGAGAGAGGUUCCGGAUUACCUGAUUGAUAACAUUACCUUCAGUGUUAUGCUGGACCCUGUCAUUGUUCGUCCCAAACGCCCCCGUAACUUUUUUUUUCUCUUUCCUUUUUGAACCCGACGUGUUAACGUGGACGCAGACUAAGCAUGGCCAUUCUUAUGACCGCGUGACAUUGCUUGAUCACCUUAAGCGUUCUUCGACCGACCCCCUCACAAGAGAACCGCUAACCGAAAAAGAUUUGAGACCAAAUCUGGCUCUUAAGGCCGCCUGCGAAACAUUCCUAAAGGAGAAUGGCUGGGCGGUCGACUGGUAA